AUGUCUUGUCCAAACACACUCCCUGCCUCAUGGUAUACCAGCAAGGCCAUUGCUGCCUUAGAAAGACGUGCUAUAUUCAACAAGACCUGGAUUUAUCUUGGUGUUGUCACGCGAUGGUCCGCUGACGUCGAGGAUUGUUUUUACGAUCUUGAGCAGUUCAAAUUUACUGUUCGACGCGCGUCAGAAGACUGGAAGAGCAUCCAAGUUUUCACAAGUGACGGCACUCAAAUGCGUCACCAUAUCACCCGGACCGGCCUCCUCUUUAUAACCUUCUCCGAUUCGACGCCUGAGUUCAACGAAUACUUUCCUGGCCUCGAAGAGCUCAUCUCAACAGUUGACUUCACUGCCUUCCCUUUUAGAACAAGCCUCAAAUAUACCGGCAAGUAUAAUUGGAAGACUCUUAUAGAUGGGUUCCAAGAGUGCCUCCACUGCCCCUUUGCGCACCCAUCAUUCUCCAAGGUUUAUGCGCCGACUACAUACAAGGUGCUUAACGAGCAGCACUUCUCACGUCACUUCGCAGAAGCAGAUUGUAAACGCGACAGUCCAAGUGACGGUCUUUUUCUUUACUUCUUUCCUAACUCUACAUUGAAUUUGUAUGGUGGUGGUAUCUCCUCGUUCCGUACCUGGCCGACAGAUGAUCCGUCCAAAACUAUCAUGCAGUUUGACUACUAUCACAAGUCAUCUGUCGAAACGCAGGAAUUUCAGAACUACUACAAAUUCGCCCGAACUGUCGCAACGGAGGAUAACGAUCUUUGCGAAAUGGCUCAGAUGAACCUGAAGGUGGGAAUUUAUACUGAGGGCAUACUGAAUCCAAACAAGGAAAACGGCGUGAUCCAUUAUCAGAAGCGGGUCUUCGAAAUGUGCCUGGCCGAGUUCAACAAGGAAACUGCAGCGAACCACGAACGGGAAAAGUUGGAUUCGAGCCUGGAUUCAAAUGUCAGCUUAGAAGCUGCUCAGGGGAUUGUCUAG